AUGUCUUCUCAAAACAUCCCAACCACUGGCCAGAAGCUUGCUGGGCAGGUCAGCAAGGCGGUGAAAGCCAAUAACCGAGAGGGCACUGCUCCUGCCAUUGCAGCUGAACGUCCCCCCGGAUACGCAGUGUUCGACCCUGAGUGCCUAGUCACUUUUUGGCCCCGCGUGCCAUCGCCCACUCUCUCGCAAUCAAGUGGCAAAGGGCAGCGCAAUGACUGGCCCCUGGGCGCUGAUGGCGCAGAGCGACCCGACUCGUCGAUGGGCUACACCUCACCAGGACCCAAGACCAGAAUGACUAAAGCUGCCAAAUCGCCGUCUCGCAUGUUCCGGGUAGUGAACUCCAACUCAAGAACCCAGAGUUCCUCCCACGAUGUUCAGGCACCUCCUGCUGUCAUAAUUGCACCCGAACGUAGCAAUAUCGAUGUUCCUGCUGUCGGCUCUUCUGGAAGCUUUCUCUCUUCUCUCGCCAACAAGCGAGCGGGAGGCGCGCAGAAGAAGCCCGGUUUGCUUUCCUCAAUCUCUCACGGCGACUGGACAACAAUCGGUUCAUUCUUCAGCUCGAACCCGGUCUCACCCCAACGGCCCAAGAUCAGCGCCCCCUACAACUUUCGCCAUGAGGCUGGUAUUGGUCCGGGUGCGUCGGUGCUCGUCAGCCGACCCAGCAACGGCAGUACUGUCCAUGCCCAUGACUACGCCAGUGCCAGUACCACUCCUGCCCUCAACGACAAUGUCGAGAACAGCGAGCAGAGACAGUCUUCGAUUGUCCUUAUGGACAUGAGGACUGAAUCUCGCGUUGGCAACCGCACGUCGCUGCCGGUGAAAAUGCCCAAUGUUGUCUCUCCUAUCAACAACACUGUCUUCGACACUGGCCGUAACUCCUCGGUUCACACCUCAGCGCAUAGAACCUUAAGUCGCUUCCCUUCGCCUCCUAGCCCCGAGGUUGCCGUCGCUCUACCACAGGAGUCAUCAGUGUCACCUAAUCCUGAGAAUAUGAACCCAAAUGCGAACAACGGCAUCCGUAAGAGGGGAAAUUGCUUCAAGGUGGUGAAAUAUCGGAAGAUCCUUUGGAUGAUGGCUCUGGUGAUACAGAUCUUCGUCGCUCUGAUCUGUGCAUCAGCCUCGAUAAUAGCCUGCGAGGGAUUCUCUCAAGGCACUGUCGACAUUGGCUAUCUCGUCUGGCUACUUCUUGCCAUUGCGGGACUCAUAGUCUCCCUGAUUAGUAUGGCGGCCUUGUAUGUCCGACACCUUACCGUCCGCGUCAUCCAUGAAGCGCUUGGCGGCAUCUUCCAAGAGAUGAACCACUUCAAGAUGAACACCGACCGAGUCAUCUACUGGGUCUGCGCUAUGAUCACAGAGUUCAGUUUUCUCGGCGUCAUCAUGACAUUCUCGAUCAUCAUGUAUGCCAACAAGACCGACAGAGACCCUCGUCGAGCUAUCAUCGGCAUGAUCGUCUGUUUGCUCCUGGUGGCAACCUUUGGUUCCCCGCUGAGUUUUCUUCGCGCCGGAAACAUCGACGGCGACAGCUUGCGCCGCAGCCGCAUCGAGCAGCGAGCCGAAGGCCGAGACAACGAUUGGAUUGAGCUGAAUAGCCGGGGCCACAGUCUCCAGUCCGCUAACAGGCAGCCUGAGCCCACGAGCCGAGCUGUCAGAUCAGCAUCGGACGGCGCAGAGUUGCCGAUGAGGUUCCUGCUAGUUGACCGCUCUGAUCUGCCCGAGAACAGCGCCGCCCACCGCCAGGGUGCCAUUAUGCAUCAUCACAACGGCACCGCGGCGCCUCAGGCAGGCUCGAGGGACACACCGAUGCAUGGCUCGUACUCACAGCACCCACAAGGAACACCCUCUCAGAACCGACAGGCCAGCAUGAUUGGCCUCGCCAGGUCGGACUCCCUGUUGAAGUCGCAGCAGCGUGUUCGCCACGCCAACAAGUCUCCCAGCACUUCCUCGUCCGCCACCAGCACCACCACGGUCGAGACCUUCGAGUCGGAGGGCACCGAGAAGCCAAUUAUGAAGAAGCAGUCGUUCCCAGUCCGUCUGACCAAAGAAGGAGGCGAGACGACCGACGAUCAUAUCAUCUACUCGGCCGAGGCCAUGUCCAUGGUCUCGCUCCCUCAGCCGACGCUGUAUCAUCACAUACCACACUCAAGAUCCAUGGCCGAUCUCUCCACCGAGACCGCGGCGGCACCGAACCCCUCGGCGUCGUCGACCGCAAUCUCAAGCUCCAACACCAAGAGCACCAUCUCGUCGCUGAUCGGCUCGUACGCCUCCGAGGCCGGCACUGGCGAGCCCAUGACGCACUCGUACUCGCAGCAGUCGCUCGGCCGCGCCAGUGAGUGCUUCACGUCGCACCCGGUGCGCUUCGGCAUGGCGACCCAGCGCGGCCAGAGCCCUACGGCGAUCUUGCCGGCGUUCCAGCAGCCCAUUGUCACCGAGGCCGGCACGCCCAACUCGCAGAAGAGCAUCGACCGCAUCGGCGACGGUGAGGGCGGCGACGCUGCUUCGAGAACCGAAUGGGGUGUCCGCGAUGGUAUGGCCACGCGACUGGUCACCAUGACGCCCAUCGAGGAGCGCAGCGAGAGGGGCACGCGCGGCAGCUCGCUUUAUGGCCAUUGA